UUGGAUAGAAAAAAUCUACAAGAGGAGCCCACGGCUAUCCUUAGAGGUGUCUUGAGGGCUAAUUACCACACACAUUGCUGUACAAUGACCUAGAAGAAGCAUGGGGUCCCCUCUUUAAACUUAAUACCGAUGGAUCACAUGACCAUAGCUCGGGCAAAGCCGCUGCCGGAGGGCUUCUUCGCGAUCACCUUGGGCACUGGUAUCAUGGUUUUGCCACAAAUGUGGGUAUCACUACAAGCUUCUUGGCUGAGUUAUGGGGAUGCAGAGAAGGCCUUAAACUUGCUAUUUCCCUUGGAGUGCAGCAACUAAUUUUGGAAAUGGAUUCCUUACUGGCAGUCCAACAAAUCCAAUCCCGGAAGGUGUCUGCAGGUGCAGCGUCAGUUCUUCUUAAUGAAUUCUGCUUGCUACUUGACUCCUUUAGCUCUUGCUUGGUGCAGCACACUAUAAGGGAAGGUAACUAUGCUGCUGAUUUUAUGGCGUCUAUUGGGCAUACAGUCGAUUUGGGUACAACCUUCUUCCCAACACCCCCAACGGGUAUUAGCACG